CACACUGCAGUGCAGGUUUCCUGGCGUCUCAUCUGUGCUGUUCUUUAUUGUGUAUUGUUGUGUGACCUUGAGGGCAGAUGAUGUGUUAGUGGUGUUGGUAGUGUCUGGCUCAUGUGGUGAUAGUGCAGAAAUGGAAGAAGACCAGGUGCCAAACAAGGAUUCCUCUCAAGCCACAGAUGUGAAGGUGCGUCCUAAAUCUGAAACCAAGCGCUACAGUGAAAUUUUCAGAGAAUUUGAUAAUCUCGAUCUAUCUUUAAUUUCUUCGGCAGGGGACGAUCUGCUGGCAGACACUGACUCACUCUCCCUCUCAGAAUCCAUCUCGACAGAAACUGCAGAUCUCACAGAGCAACAUGAUUCAUCUAUGCGUGCGGAAGUCAUUGAAGUGGAUGGAAGCCAAUCAGCCCAGGACGCAGACCUGGCCCUCUGUCGCUGUGAUGAUGGAGUGGAGACGGCGAUGCAGUACACCAAGAUGUGGUGCCGCUACUCCAAAGACCUCCUGACCUGGAUGGAAAAGAGAAUCAGCUUGGAACAAGAAUUUGCAAAAAAUGUGACGAAGACAGCAGAAGCAGCAAAAGCCAAUGUGGGGCUGCAGGAAAUGAUGCCCCUGCAGUACAUCUACACAAUGGCGCUGGAACAAGACAUCAAGAACAGUGUGACUUCUAGAAAGACUUCAGAACUGAUACACAACCGCUGUUACCAAGCCUUGGCUGCCAAAAAGAAUGAGAUCGACAAGUGGCGCAGAGAGUUUAAGGAGCAGUGGGCACGAGAACAAAGGAGGAUGAAUGAAGCAGUGGCAGCUUUAAAAAAGGCUCGUCAGCAAUACUACCAGCGCUGUGAUGAGCUAGAAAAAGCUAAAGCUAUCUCUGCUAAAGCUGUGGAUGACACAGCUGGAAUCAAAACACUGGAUAAGAGGCGAAAGUCCAAGGACGAAGCCCAGACUAAGGUGAUGGAGGCAGAGAUCCUGUACAGACAGUGUGUGAAUGAUGCCAAGAUCCACCAGGAUGAUUUAGUGAAAGUCAAAGAGAGAAUUAUUUCCCACAUUCGCAAGCUCAUCUGUCAGGGAGACACUGUGCUCAAGGAGGCCACAGUCAACAUGUUUUAUUUCCAGCGGCAGCAGACAGAGGCUGUUCCUCUCGGCUAUCACAACCUGGAGGUGACUUGCAGGGGUCUGGAGCCUGGCGAGCCCUACCUGCUCUACAUCCUCAGCAAGCAUCGUCCUGAACAACCUCUCCAAGUCUUUAACUUCCAGGAGUAUAUCCCUCAGUGGAAAAGGAACAAACGAAAGACCAGCAACACUCUCAGCUCUCUGCAGGACUCUUCACCAAUGACAGAUGAGAGUCCUAACAGACGAUCCUGUGAUGGCAGGAAAACAGGGUACAGUGACAAUGAGAGUUUUGGUGGCAGUUUAGAAUCUCUGUCCAGCCCAGCUCACACUAACAGGAGGCUGCCGAAAACCGCGUCCACUUUGACAGUGUCAUCAGAUGACAUGGACGAACGGGAUAUGGCGUCAGAAUCAGAAUGCAUUGACGUUCAGCCAGUCAAAGUGCGCACACUUUCACGAGCUGCACUGACUCACCGACUAAGGAAGAUGAAGAGCAAGAUGGUCAAAUGCAAACAGUGUGAAAAUUACAUUGUCGUCAACGGGGUCGAAUGUGAGGAGUGCGGGAUGGCUUUGCACAGGAAGUGUAUGGAGGUGUGUCAGCUAGAGUGUGAGAACAGGAAGGGGACUGUGUUCGGAGUUGACCUCUCUUUGCUGUCUCGUGACAAUCCAGAUGAGGUGCCCUUUGUGGUUAUUCUCUGCACAUCUGAGAUCGAGAGUCGAGCUCUCUCUGUCCAGGGGGUGUAUCGUGUGAGUGGGUCCAAGCCCCGCAUCCAGAAGCUCUGUCAGGCCUUUGAGGUGCAAAAGGAGCAGGUGGACCUCUCUGACCUUUCACCGCAUGACAUCACCUCAAUCCUAAAGCACUUCUUCAAGGAGCUCCCAGAGCCUUUACUAACCUUUGACCUGUACAAUAAUUUCAUCACGGUGGGAAAGACCAUUCAGAGCCUGAAUGAAAGGGAGCCGACACCAGACACUAAUGAUACAAUGGACAUCAUUAACAACUUGCAAAAGUUAUUACAGAAACUUCCUUCUUAUUGCUACAUCACCUUGCGGUACAUGAUGUCUCACCUACAGAGAGUUUCAGAGAACUACGAGAACAAGAUGUCACCUAGCAAUUUGGGUAUUGUAUUUGGGCCAACACUUUUGCGCCCUCUUGUGUCUUCUGACACGUCAAUGAUUGCCCUGCUGGAGACCACUUACCAGGCUGUACUUGUUGAGUUCCUUAUCACACACCAUGACAAGAUUUUUGGCCUUGAGCAGAAACCCAGUACGCCCCCUCCCCCACCCCCCACUGCACCUCUUCCAGACACCCCUCCUAGAGCUUCCUGUGCCCUGGAUGGGGAAGUUUACAGCAGCUCGGAACAUGAAACCUCUUCUAGAGAAAGGCCGCACUCACUAGAAAGUCGAACAAUCAAGAGAGAGUCAAGCGAGGGUUAUAUAUCUGACAAGUCUUCAUCCAAUGAGGCAGUGGACCAGCUCAGCCCUGAAGCCAAUGAGAGAGCAGUCCUGGCUAUGAGAGCGGCAUCGAGCGAUCCUCGGGGUGAGCCGGUGGGGGAGCCACACUCUGAUUUGGGGACUCAGCCACACUAUCGCUUCACCAGACAGCCUGUGAAGUAUUACCGGCAUCAUAACCCAGGAACCCGACUCCCCAACCCAGUUCGUGUAGCCAGACAGCCUGCAGCCCCAGAGAGGGACUGUCCAGGGAGUGCAGACAGCAGCCGCAGCUCCUCUCCAGAGCCAGGGACACAGAGAUUUUUCCAAAACUUAGAAGUCCACUUUGACAACAGCCACCAGCCACUGCAGGCUGCCGGUGGCACAGAGAACAGAAUGGACGUCCCACUGAGUCCCCGCGAGGUGGUGCAGUACAUGCUGGGACUGGACUCAAUAUUAACAUCCACUGCAAGUGAGACGUCAUCCAGCACAACACAGGAGUCUCCUCAGGAGAUGGCAUCUAUGUGUCAAGCUGAUCAGAACAUAAAAAUGUCCAAUAACAGACAGAGUGCUGGACUGAGUCAGGUCUUGUGUCAGUCUCCAAAGAUAAUUCCUGUUGAGCACAAUGUGAUGUCUCCAGCACAGAAGAUCCUGUCUGGCUUGAAGCUGAGACGCAGCCACUCAGGGAAGGAUGAGCAGCUCUUUGUCUAAGGGAAAACUGAAAUCUCCGGACGGGUCUCUGGAAUAUAAUCACACACAUACUGGAAGUUAUGAAUCUCUCAUUUAUUCUCUGUAACAAUGAUCAAACACUGUAUUUUAAAAACAAAUAUCCAUACACAAAAAUGUAACUGUCUUUAAAAUAAUACUUAGAUGAAGGUUCAGUUCCCUCAAGCUCACAUUCAAAUCACUGUUUAAGGAAACACAAGUUCAGACCUGAUGCAUACUUGGAUGCUACAGCCUUAUUAUGACUAAUUAUUUUAAUAUUUUGACCAUAUUUUGAUAUUAUUGACCAUACAGCUUUCUAAUACCCAGACCAGAUGUAAUUUUUCUAGUGUAUCUGAAUGUAACAGGUGAUUCUAGCUUGCAGGUUAAGAGAUGCAAACUAGCAUGUAACUUUUCUGGAUUACUCAUGAACAAACUAUUCUGCAAAUCUACUAAAUUCAAAAGCCAUCGAGUGUUGUAUUUUCUAAGAUAUUUUGUUGUCUAUUUGUUGUGCUUUUUUCAAUGUUUUAUAGCCCCCUGGUAGACAUUUUGAGCUACUUGAACUAAGAUAUGCCUUCUUUGUUUUCAUAGUGAAGUUGUCUUAACAGUAUUUUAGUUCCAUGCACCGUUCCUGUUUUGACACAAGGGGGCGGUCUUCUCUCAGUGUGUGGGGAAAACAUGCCAGACACAAUAGCAGAGGGGCAAUUAAACCACUUAUUUUUAAUUACAUGUUUUGAGAUGUCACUUCCUUCUUCCACAUCAGCCUUUGUCACCCGUGGACCUGUUUCAGUUUGGCAUAUAAAGUGAGGCAACAUUUUCUGAGAUGGAAUUAUGAUUGGCUGAAACUGCUCUCAGCUUUUGCCUUUUGUCCCUUUGAUCAUAUUUUACCAGAAUCAGGCAUUUUACGCACAUAACAAAAUCUGUGCGUCAUAACAGAUUCCCGUAGUCCUUGUCAGGGGAGAUGAGUGUCUCUCCGCAAAUCCUUUCACGUAUCAACUGCGCCCUUUAAAGUCUC